CCCAUCAGCCUCAGCCAACAUGGCCAAUGCUCCACCAGUCACAGAAACACCCAGGCCAAAAGGUGAAAGUGUUCAGUUCUUAGGACAGAGGAGGAACUCCAAAGUGCAAAUGAACUCUGGGUCAAAAAUGAUCUAUCUUUCAAAAAUGCUGACUCUGUAUGAACAAUGCAUCCGUGUGCUUCAAAAUAACAUUGACUUGCUUCAUGAAGUCGGAGGAGUCCCCUUUGAAAUGCUAGAACCUGUUUUGACUCGUUGUACACCAGAACAGUUGCUUCGGAUAGAGGACUGCAAUCCAAAAUUUGUGGAUGAAUCUGACCUCUUAUGGAAGAUACAUUGUCAAAAAUACUUCAGAAAUGAGCAGCCUUUGGAAUAUGAAUCAUGGCGUGAAAUGUACCUGAGACUCUUCAAUCAAAGAGAAGAAAAACUGAAGUCUCUCACCAAAAACAUUCUUUCAGCUCAGUCUGACAAAUCUAAAGGCCGCCAAGUCAAAAUGGCUUUCAUACAUGGCAUGGCAAAGUCACCCAGACGUCUUCGCGGUCAGCAAGACAUCUAUGGCACCUCAGGGCCUCUUAUUCAACUUCAGUCUAAAUCAAAGAAUUCAGAAAACAAAGAGAAAAGUGAGACAUCUUCAGACUCCAAUAAAUGCAUCAAGGUAGCAUCUGCUAGGUCAUGCAUUUUCAGGAGUGGACCAGGUCAGCAUGUGAAGAAACCUCCCAAAAAAAUUGCUCCGAUUAUGAGGAAAUCGCUGAGAGCCUUCAAAAACAGAGUUGGGCCACGGUAAAUGAAUACUUAAAGCUUGACUAUCAUUCUAACACCAGAUUUAA